AUGGAGCUGGGAGAGGGUCUGCCCGGCUUUAUGGAGUCCUUCCGGGGAGCCGGCGAGGAGGUGCCAGGCGUGGCGGGAGCUGGUGAGGCGUCUCUCUCCCCCUGGGGACGAGAGCCCUAUUUCACGCCCACACCGAUGCCGAGCGCCCAGGGCUUGGCCGCGGCAACGGGCGGCGAGGCCGGGCGGAGCGCCGCGCCGGUCGCCGUGGCAGUCGGGGCCCGGCGGGGCGGCGAGGCCGGAGCGGGCGCUGUGCCAGUCAGCGCCCAGCGGGCAGGGAGACCGGCCAGAACCAGCAAGCAUCAGUGCCUGGAGUGUGGCCGGCGUUUCACCCAGGCCUCCAGCCUGCUCCGGCAUCGGCGUGUGCACACCGGAGAGCGACCCUUCACGUGCCAAGAGUGUGGCAAAGGCUUCAUCCAGGCCUCAGAUCUGGUCAAACACGGCCGUGUGCACUCGGGAGAGAGAGCAUUCUGGUGCCCCCAGUGCGGCAAGAGUUUCCGGCAGCCAGAGACGCUGGCCAAACACCGCAAACUGGUGCACCGAGGGGAGGGGGCAGCAGGGAGCCUCUCUCUCCAUCUCAAUGUCCGUCAGGAUCUCCUGGGCACAUCAUCUGGCUCCCACACCCAGUACAUCACGGAAGGAGGCAACUAUCUGACCCCAAAGGCCAGCCACUGGGACAAGCCUGGGCUGUGUUCACAGAGGGACAAACUGGGGGCCAGGGAGCAGGGCCCAGACCCCAGUCACUGGGCCAAGCAGCAAGUUUCUUCUGUCUUGGAGGAGCCAGGCACCAGACAAGACGUCUCUGGUCUCCGGGACUGGGUGAAGCAGGAAGAGUCUCCAAUGGUGGCCGAGGAGGUACCAGGUCCCAGUGAGGCAGUCACAGGCUCAUUUGGGCAGAUCCCAGAUCUGAAAGAGGAGGUCCCACAUCUGAAAGAGGAGGUCCCACAUCUGAAAGAGGAGGUCCCACAUCUGAAAGAGGAGGUCCCACAUCUGAAAGAGGAGGUCCCACAUCUGAACGAGGAGGUCCCACAUCUGAACGAGGAGGUUCCACAUCUGAACGAGGAGGUUCCACAUCUGAACGAGGAGGUUCCACAUCUGAACGAGGAGGUCCCACAUUUGAACGAGGAGGUCCCACAUCUCAAUGAGGAGGACCCUCACCUCAAUGAGGAGGUCCCAGAUCCCAGUGACUGGGGGAAUCCGGUGAAGAUUGAGCCAGAGUCUAAUGAGAAGAUCCCAGCUCCCAGUAACUGGGGGAAUCCGCUAAAGGAUGAACAAGUGACGGGGCAAUUUUUUGGGAUGCAAUCUUCUGAUUCUUUCAUUACUGAAAGUCGGGGUUUGGAGCCACCAGGAAUGUUGGACUUGGGCUGUGUGCCGAGAGCCGGUGUGAGAGGCCGAGAGAAAGUGGCCCUCAGCUCCCCGAGAGCUCGUGUCCCCAGCGAACGAUGCCGCUUCCAGUGCCUGGAGUGUGGCCGGCGUUUCACCCAGGCCUCCAGCCUGCUCCGGCAUCGGCGUGUGCACACUGGAGAACGCCCCUUCCCGUGCCAGGUGUGUGGCAAAGGCUUCAUUCAGGGAUCGGACCUUGUCAAACACAGCCGUGUGCACUCGAGGGAGAGAGCGUUCUGGUGCCCCCAGUGCGGCAAGAGGUUCCGGCAACCAGAGACGCUGGCCAAACACCGCAAACUGGUGCACCGGGGGGAGGAUGUGAAUAAUGGGGAGUUCCCACCUCUUGAGGAGAGGAACCCACAUCUCAAUGAGGCGGACACAAAUCCCAGUAACUGGGGGAAUCCGCUGAGGGAUGGGCAGUUUUUCGGAAUGGAAUCCACAGGUCCCUUCAUUGCUGAGAGUCGGAGUUUGGAGCCACCGGGAAUAUUGGACGUGGGACAAGGCUCUGUGCUGGGCGCCGGCUGUGUGAGUGGCCGAGGGAAGAUGGAGGAGGGUAAACAGCGGCAGAGAGAGGUGGGCGGAGGCCAGGACGGAGCUGAGGACACUCAGGCUGUGGGGUUGGAGCCGGGAAAGGCUGGCCUGACCGUUUCCGAGACAGCCUUCACUCAGGUGGAGCAGUGCAGUGAGGUGCUGCCCUGGGACCAGCGGGCAGAGACAGAGGCUGAGAGCCAGGCCGUGCCGAAGGCCAGGAGCAGGGGCCCAGUGUUCUGGUGCCCGCAAUGCGGGGCAGACUUCAACUCCCUGCUGGGGCUGGUCAGGCACCAACGCCGGCAUAGACACGAGACUGGCGUGUGCAAGAAACGCUUCCCACCACAGCGUAGCCACGGCGUUCAGGACACCCCCCCAUUGCAGAGCUCCAUGCCGCUCUCUUCCCGGCCCAAUGACCGACAAAGGCGGCCGUCAAAGAGAGAGCACCGGUGCCUGGAGUGUGGCCGGCGUUUCACCCAGGCCUCCAGCCUGCUCCGGCAUCGGCGUGUCCACACCGGAGAACGACCCUUCCCGUGCCAGGUGUGUGGCAAAGGCUUCAUUCAGGGAUCGGACCUGGUGAAACACAGCCGUGUGCACUCGGGGGAGAGAGCGUUUUGGUGCCCCCAGUGCGGCAAGAGAUUCCGUCAGCCAGAGACGCUGGCCAAACACCGCAAACUGCUGCACAGGGGGGAGGGGGUAGCCGCUUCCCCCCAGGAACAGGCAGCUGGAAACCUCUCUCUCCCCCUCUCACUCCUGGCCAGCCUCAAUCUCCCUCAGGAUCUCCUGGGCACAGCUCGCGGCUCCGACGCCCAGUGCAUCACGGGUGAAGGCAACAGUAUGACCCCAAAGGUCAGCCACUGGAGCAAUUCUGGGUUGUCUUCACUGAGGGACAGACUGGGAUCCAGGGAGCAGGGUCCAGACCCCAGCCACUUGGCCAAGCAGCAAGUCUCUCCAGGCAGGGAGGAACCAGAUACCAGCCAGGUCGUCUCUGGUCUCCAGGACUGGGUGAAGCAAGAAGAGUCUGCACUGGUGGGUGAGGAUCUGCCAGGUCCCAGAGAGGGAAUCCCAGCCUUACGUGGGCAGGUCCCGCAUCUGAAUGAGGAGGUCCCACAUCUCAUUGAGGAGAUUCCUGAUCUCAGUAACUGGACGAAUCCGGUGAAGAUUGAGCUAGAGACUAAUGAGAAGAUCCCAGAUCCCAGUGACUGGGGGAGUCCACUGAGGGAUGCACCAGUGACGGCGCAGUUUUUGGGUAUGGAAUCGACUGAUUCCUUCGUUGCUGAGAGUCGGGAUUUGGAGCCACCUGGAGUGUUGGACUCAGGAAAGGGCUGUGUAUCAGGAGCUGGCCGUGUGAGAGGCCAAGAGAAGGUUGCCCUCAGGUCUCUCAGAAUGCGUGUCCCCAGCGAGCCACGCCGCUUCCUGUGCCUGGAGUGUGGCCGUCGUUUCACCCAGGCCUCCAGCCUGCUCCGGCACCGGCGUGUGCAUACCGGAGAGCGCCCCUUCCUGUGCCAAGUGUGUGGCAAAGGCUUCAUCCAGGCCUCGGACCUGGUCAAUCACAGCCGUGUGCACUCAGUAGAGAGAGCAUUUUGGUGCUCUCAGUGCGGCAAGAGGUUCCGGCAGCCAGAGUUGCUGGCGAAACACAACAGACUGCUGCAUCGGGGGGAGGGUGUGAGGAAUGAGGAGGUCCCACAUCUCGAGGAAAGGAUCCCACAUCUCAAUGAGAAGAUUCGAGGUCCCAGUGACUGGGAGAAUCCGCUGAGGGUUGAACCAGUGAUGGGGCAGUUUUUCGGGAUGGGAUCCACUGGUUCCUUCAAUGCUAAGAAUCGGGGUUUAGAGCCACCGGGAACGUUGGACUUGGGACAGGGCUACCUGCCAGGAGCCGGCCGUGUGAGAGCUCGAGAGAGGCUGGAGGAUGGUAAACAGCAGCAGACAGAGGGAGGGAAUGUGAGAGAGAAGGUGGAGGAGGAUAAACAGUGGCAGAGAGAGGCGGUCGUAGGCCAGGUCGGAGCCAAGGACACUCAGGCUGUGGGGUUGGAGCCGGGAGAGGAUGGCCUAAUGGUUGCCGUGAUGAAGACAGCCUGCACCCAGGUGCAGGAGCACGGUGAAGUGCUGCCCCAGCGCCAGAGGGCACAGACAGAGGCUGAGAGCCAGGCCGUGCCCAUGGCCAGGAACAGAUCCCCGGUGUUCUGGUGCUCGCAUUGCGGGGCGGACUUUAACUGCCUGCUGGGGCUGGUCAGGCACCAACGGCGGCAUAGACACGAGCCUGGCGUGUGCAGGAAACGCUUCACACCACCGUCACCCCAGGGAGACAGGGCCCCACCCCAAGACCCGUCCUGCAUCCAGCCCCACUCAUCAUCCCGGGGGGAGCAGAGCUCCAUGCCACUCGCGUCCAGGCCCAGUGUCCGGCAACGGCGGCCAACAAAAAGGGAACACCGGUGCCUGGAGUGUGGCCGGCGUUUCACCCAGGCCUCCAGCCUGCUCCGGCAUCGGCGUGUGCACACUGGAGAGCGCCCCUUCUCAUGCCAGGUGUGUGGCAAAGGUUUCAUCCAAGCAUCGGACCUGGUCAAACACAGCCGUGUGCACUCGGGGGAGCGGGCUUUCUGGUGCCCCCAGUGCGGCAAGAGUUUCCGGCAACCAGAGACGCUGGCCAAACACCGCAAACUGCUGCAUCGAGGGGAAGGGGUGGCCGCUUCUCCCCAGAAGGGUGCAGGGGGGAUCCUCUCUCUCCCUCUUGAUCUCCCUCAGGAUCUCCUGGGCACGUCGUCUGGCUCCCACACCCAGUACAUCACAGAAGGAGGCAACUAUCUGGCCCCAAAAGCCAGCCACUGGGGCAGCCCUGGGCCGUCUUCACUGUGGGAGAGUCUAGGAACCAGGGAGCAGGGCCCAGAUCCCAGCCACUGGGCCAAGCAGCAAGUCUCCCCUGUCCGGGAGGAUCCAGGCACCAGUCAGGAUGUCACUGGUUGCAGGGAUUGGGUGAAGCAGGAAGUGUGUCCAGUGGUGGGUGAGGAGGUGCAGGUUCUCAGUGAGGUUGUCAAAGGCUCACAUGAGCAGGUCCCACAUUUGGACGAAGAGGUCCCACAUCUGACUGAGGAGGUCCCACAUCUGACUGAGGAGGUUCCACAUCUGACUGAGGAGGUUCCACAUCUGACUGAGGAGGUCCCACAUCUGACUGAGGAGGUCCCACAUCUGACUGAGGAGGUCCCACAUCUGACUGAGGAGGUCCCACAUCUGACUGAGGAGGUCCCACAUCUGACUGAGGAGGUCCCACAUCUGACUGAGGAGGUCCCACAUCUGACUGAGGCGGUCCCACGUCUGACUGAGGAGAUCCCACAUCUGACUGAGGAGAUCCCACAUCUGACUGAGGAGAUCCCACAUCUCAAUGAGGAGAUCCCACAUCUCAAUGAGGAGAUCCCACAUCUCAAUGAGGAGAUCCCCCAUCUCAAUGAAGAGAUCCCGCAUCUCAGUAACUGGACGAAUCCGGUGAAGAUUGAGCCAGAGACUAAUGAGAAGAUCCCAGAUCCAUCGGGGUUUGGAGCUACCAGGAAAGUUGGACUUGGGCUUGGUGACGGGGCCGGCAGUGUGAGAGGCCAAGUGGAGGUGGCCCUCAGGUCCCCAAGAGAGCGUGUCCCAAGCGAGCGACGCCGCUUCUUGUGCCUGGAGUGUGGCCGUCGUUUCACCCAGGCCUCCAGCCUGCUCCGGCACCGGCGUGUGCACACUGGAGAGCGCCCCUUUCUGUGCCAGGUUUGUGGCAAAGGCUUCAUCCAGGCCUCGGACCUGGUCAAACACAGCCGUGUGCACUCAGGGGAGAGAGCGUUCUGGUGCCCCCAGUGUGGCAAGAGGUUCCGGCAGCCAGAGACGCUGGCCAAACACCGCAAACUACUGCACGGGUCGGAGGGUGAGAGGAAUGGGGAGGUCCCACAUCUCGAGGAGAGGAUUCAAGGUCCCAAUGACCGGGGGAUUCCGCUGAGUGAUAAGCCAGUGACAGGACAGUUUUUUGGGAUGGAACCUACUGGUUCCUUCAUUCCUGAUAGUCGGUGUUUGGAACCAUCAGGAAUGUUGGACUUGGGACAAGGCUGUGUGAUGGGAGCCGCCAGUUUGAGAGGCAGAGAGAAGGUGGAGGAGAGUAAACAGCGGCAGAGACAGGUGGGAGGAGACCAGGGCGUAGCCGAGGACCCUCAUGCUGUGGGGUUGGAGUCGGGAGAAACUGGCCCUACUGUUGCCGUGACAGAGACGGCCUUCACCCGGGUGCAGCAGUGCGGGGAGGCACUGCCCCAGGUCCAGCAGGCAGAGACUGAGAGCCAGGCCGUGCCCAGGGCCAGUAGCAGGGCCCCGGUAUUCUGGUGCCCGCAUUGUGGGGCGGAGUUUAACUCCCUACUGGGGCUGGUUAGGCACCAACGCCGCCACAAACACGAAACUGCCAUGUGCAAGAAACGCUUCCCACCACCGUCACCCCGGGGACAGCUUAGCCAUGGCGUUCAAGACACAACCCCACCGCAGAGCUCCAUGACGCUGGCUUCCAGGCCCAGUAACCGGCAACGGCGACCAACAAAAAGAGAACACCGAUGCCUGGAGUGUGGCCGGCGUUUCACCCAGGCCUCCAGCCUGCUCCGGCACCGGCGUGUGCACACCGGAGAGCGCCCCUUCCCAUGCCAGGUGUGUGGCAAAGGCUUCAUCCAAGCGUCAGACCUGGUCAAACACAGCCGCGUGCACUCAGGGGAGAGAGCAUUCUGGUGCCCCCAGUGCGGCAAGAGUUUCCGGCAGCCAGAGACGCUGGCCAAACACCGCAAACUGCUGCACCGGGGGCAGGGGUUGGCUGCUUCCCCCCAGCAGGGGGUAGCGGGGAAACUCUCGCUCCCCUUCUCACUCCCACCCCGCCUCAAUCUCCCUCAGGAUCUCCUUGGCACAGCACCCGGUUCCAAGGCGGUGUGGAGGAACCCAGACUUUGGGUUCAAUGGCAGCCACAAAACAGUGUGGGUAUGCGAUGGGCAGAGACUGUUCCGGUGCCUGGUGUGUGGCAAACAUCUCAGCUCUUCGUCCGCGCUCUCCCGACAUCACCGAAUCCACCGCGGAGACCAAGCAUUAAAGUGCCCCGAGCGCAGUCUGGGCUGUCACCACCGGGUGGAACACCCCCUCGCCUCCCUUCGCCUAAGGCCUGGGACCAGAGCCAGCUACAGCCGCAGCACAGCCCUGGAGGCCCUCAUCUCAGCCAUUGGGCUAAGCAGCAAGUCUUUCCUGUCAGGGAGGAGACAGGCAUCAGCCAGGAUGUCUCUGGUCUCCGAGACUGGGUGUGACUGGCGGCAUCCACUGAGGGAUGAACCAGUGACGGGGCAGUUUUUCGGGAUGGAAUCCAUUGCUUCCUUCGAUGCUGAGAGUCGGGGUUUGGGGCCACUGGGAAUGUUCGACUUGGAACAGGGCUGUGUACCGGGAGCCAGUGGUGUGAGAGGCCGAGAGAAGGUGGUGGGUGGUAAACAGCGGCAGAAAGAGGGAGGGAAUGUGAUAGAGAAAGUGGAGGAGAGUAUACAGCGGCAGACAGAGGUGGGUGGAGGCCAGGGCGGAGCCGAGGACACUCAGGCUGCGGGGUUGGAGCCAGGAGAGGCUGGCCUGACCGUUGCAGUGACAGAAACAGUCUUCACCCGGGUGCAGGAGCACAGUGAGGUGCUGCCCCAGGGCCAGGGGUCAGAGACAGAGGCUGAGAGCCAGUCUGUGCCCAAGGCCAGGAGCAGGAUCCCGGUGUUCUGGUGCCCGCGAUGUGGGGCGGACUUUAACUCCCUGCUGGGGCUGGUCAAGCACCAACGCCGGCACAGAAACGAGCCUGGCCUCCAGCCUGCUCCGGCAUCGGCGUGUGCACACCGGAGAGCGACCCUUCCCAUGCCAGGUGUGUGGAAAAGGCUUCAUCCAGGCCUCAGACCUCGUCAAACACAGCCGUGUGCACUCAGGGGAGAGAGCAUUCUGGUGCCCCAGUGCGGCAAGAGUUUCCGGCAACCAGAGACGCUGGCCAAACACCGCAAAUUGGUGCACCGAAGGGAGGGGGUGGCUGCUUCAGGGGCAGCAGGGAACCUCUCUCUCCAUCUCAAUCUCCCUCAGGAUGUUCUCGGCACAGCACCCAGCUCCAACACUCGAUACAUCAUGGAAGGAGGCAACUAUCUGACCCCAAAGACCAGCCACUGGGGCAACCCUGGGCCAUGUUCACAGAGGGACAGGCUGGGUGCCAGGGAGCAGGGCCCAGACCCCAGCCACUGGGCCAAGCAGCAAGUCUCCCCUGUCGUGGAGGAGCCAGGCACCAGCCAAGGCGUCUCUGGUCUCCGGGACUGGGUGAAGCAGGAAGAGUGUCCAGUGGUGGGUGAGGAGGUGCCAAGUCCCAGUGACGGAGUCACAGGCUCACAUGGGCAUGUCUCACAUCUCAAUGAGGAGGUCCCACAUCUCAAUGAGGAGGUCCCACAUCUCAAUGAGAAGAUCCCACAUUUCUAUGAGGAGGUCCCACAUCUCAAUGAGGAGGUCCCACAUCUCAAUGAGGAGGUCCCACAUCUCAAUGAAGACGUCCCCCAACCCAAUGAGGAUGUCCCACAUCUCAAUGAGAAGAUCCCAGGUCCCAGUGGCUGGGGAAAUCCGCUGAGGAAUGAACUAGUGACGGGGCAGUUUUUUGGGAUAGAAUCUACUGAUUCCUUCAUUGCUGAGAGUCAGGGUUUGGAGCCACCGGGAAUGUUGGACUUGGGCUGUGUGACGGGAGCCGGCGGUGUGAGAGGCCGAGAAAAGGCAGCCCUCAACUCCCUGAGAGAGCGUGUCCCCAGCGAGCGACGCCGUUUCCUGUGCCUGGAGUGUGGCCGGCGUUUCACCCAGGCCUCCAGCCUGCUCCGGCAUCGGCGUGUCCACACCGGAGAGAGACCCUUCACGUGCCAGGUUUGUGGCAAAGGCUUCAUCCAGGCCUCGGACCUGGUGAAACACAGCCGUGUGCACUCGGGGGAGAGAGCGUUCUGGUGCCCCCAGUGCGGCAAGAGAUUCCGGCAGCCAGAGACGCUGGCCAAACACCGCAAACUGGUGCACCGGAGCGAGGGGACGGCCACUUCCUCUCAGCCCCCAGCCUCUGGCCCGGCCCCCGGUCGCUAUGCCCAGGUCGUGGUGGAGUGUAGUGAUGCCCCCGCCCCUCGCCGGUUUCCCUGCCUGGUGUGUGGCCGGGAGCUGAACAGUUCGUCCAGCCUGCUCCGCCACCAACGUGUGUGUCCCUCUGGGCAAAGGCUUCAUCUAGGCCUGUAGCGUAGAGGACGCGAGUGGACCUGGGCUCGAUUUCUGGGUAGGGUGAAACCUUAGGCAAGUUUCCUU